CGCCUUUGCUGCAGGGCUGAGCCCCAGCUGCACAAAGCCAAUGGAUGUCUGGCUCCUGCUGCUCGGGGGGACCUGCAUCCCCGUCCAGGCUCUCAGGACAGAGACUUGGGGGGGUCUGACUAGUAGGGACAGCACAAAUCAGGGGCAGAAAGUCCCCAGCCCUGACACACUGCAGAAGAGGAGAUGCGGGAUUCCCAGCCUUCAGAUCCUACUCAGAAAUCAUGUUUGGUCAAAGCCCAGCGAUUGCAUCCCCGAGAGAGGGUUGGGGGGAAGCGGCUCAGCGCUCGGCACAGCUGGGAGGACGGGCCAGCCGGGGCGCGGAGCUGCCGGGCUAUAAAACCCGGACACGGUGUGCACACACACACACGGCAACCCAGACCCUGCUCCCCACACAGACACCGGUGCUCGGACUUCCCUCACCUGGCUUUUGCUGUUCUUGGAAUCAAAAGGCCAAAGAGAUGCAGCCUCUGUAGCAUUUUCUGUUACCUGACUGCGCUAAAAAGAAGCGGAGAGGACUCGCCUUUCCCCUUCAAUCUACCGGUGCGGGGAAGAGAGGGGAUGUGCAAGAUGAGCAGCCUGGGGAGAAAUGGGGAUUUGGGGAUGUUUAGUGCAAAUGAGAGAAAGAUUAAGGACUGAGCCAGGAGCUCUUGCACUUCUUUGCUUAUCUGGAAUAUCUGCAUGGAGCAGCCCAGCCAGAGAGGGGAAUUGCAGCCGCACAGCACAGGAUUAGAGUGAUGCUGGGCUGCAGGAGAGAGAGAAGGUGACAACCGGCACAGGUGGUGGGGACCGCAGGAGGAGGCACAUCCAUUGUCCCUGGCCAGGGGCAGAGGAGACAGUUCAGUGGUGCUCAGGGGAACACUGACCCCAAGAGCUCAGCGCUGGGGGGGGCAGGGAAGGGUUUAACAGCCCAUAGAGCUGCCUGCGCUCCUGCAGAACUUCCCGGAGGGAUGGAACUGGGCUGGGGCUGGAACAGCACCCAGGGCAGCCAUGGGCACAGCCAGGGACUGCUGAGCCCCCAGACCCUGCCAGGGGACCCCAACCUGACCCUCCUGCACAGCCGGGAUGAGGAGCUGGCCAAGGCAGAGAUCGGGGUGCUGGCCACCAUCCUGGCUAUAGCCACUGUGGGCAACGUGGGGGUGCUGCUGGCCAUGUACCGCCUGAGGAGGAAGAUGAGCCGGAUGCACCUCUUCAUCCUGCACCUGGGGCUGACCGACCUGGGCGUUGCGUUCUUCCAGGUGCUGCCGCAGCUGAUCUGGGAGGUGACGUACCGCUUCCUGGGGCCAGACCCGCUCUGCAGGGCGGUGAAAUACCUGCAGGUGCUGAGCAUGUUCGCCUCCACCUACAUGCUCAUCGUGAUGACGCUGGACCGCUACGUGGCCGUGUGCCACCCGCUGCGCACACUGCGGCAGCCCGGUCGCCAGGCUUACGUGAUGAUCGGGGCUACGUGGCUGCUGAGCUGCCUGCUCAGCCUGCCCCAGAUCUUCAUCUUCUCCCUGCGGGAGGUGCGCCAGGGCUCGGGGGUGCUGGACUGCUGGGCCGACUUCAGGUACCCAUGGGGAGCCCGAGCCUACAUCACCUGGACCACACUGUGCAUCUUCAUCCUGCCCGUCUGCAUCCUCACCGUCUGCUACAGCCUCAUCUGCUACGAGAUCUGCAAGAACCUCAAAGGCAAGACCCAGAGCGGUGCCCCCAGCACGGGGGGGGCAGCAGCAGCCGCCCCUCCCGCUCCCUGCUCCUCUGAGAAGAGCGGGCAAUGCCCCGGCGGGCAGCGCUCACGGGUGAGCAGCGUGCGGACCAUCUCCCGCGCCAAGAUCCGCACGGUGAAGAUGACGUUUGUCAUCGUGGUGGCCUACGUCGCCUGCUGGGCACCGUUUUUCAGCAUGCAGAUGUGGUCGGUGUGGGAUGAGGAUGCUCCUGACGAUGAGUCCAGCAACGUGGCUUUCACCAUCACCAUGCUGCUGGCCAGCCUCAGCAGCUGCUGCAACCCCUGGAUUUACAUGUUCUUCAGCGGGCACCUGCUCCAGGACGCAGCGCGCUGCCUGUCCUGCUGGGGCAGCCCCCGGCCCCGGCUGCGGAGACAGGGCUCCACCGGCAGCCUCUGCAGCAGGAAAACCACCAUCCUGAGCCACAGUCACCCCACCAACCUCCCCCUGCACGGGGACAACGCCAAGGACUUCGACCCACCCUGCGAGGAGGUGGUGACGGAGUCAGGUACGCUCUAGGCUGCGGAUGUCCCCAGGCUCAUCCCUCCACGGGGACGGCUGCCACCAGGUGUGACACCGUUGUUACUGCAGAGCUGUGUUGCUCCUCACCUCCUAGCAUCUCAUUUUGCACGGAGGUGGGUGCUUAACUGUGAAAGCAUCGCUGUUCAUCUUGUCCUUGUGUGCUUGCUGCGUCUGUUGUGUGCAUGGAGGAGACGGACAGAGCCCCAUCAGCCUUUGCCCAACCGCAGCAUCCUCCUCCCUGGUACAUUAGGAAACCUCUCGCUGCCUGGCUGCUCUCCUCAGAAACGCCUCACAACCCGGGUGUCCACCAAGGGACGCUGCACCAAGCAGACCCAACCUCUGGGUGUUUAACAGCUGCCAGCAAAGCAGCCUGAGCACAGCAGGAGGCAACGUGGCUACAUCUGCUGAGAGCUCCCUGCAAGCCAGUGACUCAUCUCCCAUCCCCAGGGCUUUGCUGGCACAGCACAAAAUGCAGACACAGCUUUCCCAGGCCCUGGGGCACCGCACAGGCUCCCCCCUCAGCUGCAUAUCAUCGCACUUUGCUGCCCGGCUGCUGGAGAUGGACCCCAUGCCCUCCUCCCUGGGGCUGUAGCAAAAUCCAUGGGGCAGAAACCCUGCUGUGCACAGCCCUCCUGCUAUUGCACAGCGUAUCACACCGCACCGGUACCAGCAUCUGAAAUACAGCACCGACACCACCCAAGAGCCACCCGGAGCAGCCCAGGCAGCUCCUCCCUCCGUGCCCCAGUACUUUCCAUCAGGUUUACUCGCAGCCCCCGGCCGCUGUGCAGGGCUGCUCCAAGCUGGUCAGCAGCUGCUGCAUCCCCUGCAAGAGCUGCUCUCAAAUUGCUGCGGCUUUUGUCUUAUUUAGCAGAGACUAAAGUGCCAAAACCACCCAGGGCUCAGAGAUGGAGGGCUGGCCGGCAGCAAGCCGUGGCCUUGCAGCCCCCUGCCCUUUGCCCCACGUGUUGUGCGUCUCCUCGGAGCUGGUUUGUUGUAGAGGAAAGCACAAGUGAGGCAGGCAAGAGCAUCCUUUUGCUCUGGGAGCUGAGCUCAAGAGCCGCCGGUGGGAGAUGUGCAGGUGCCCCAGAGAGCAAGGUGCUGAAUUCCCUACACGGUGGGUUAUUCUCUCUAUUAUCUGAGACUAAAUCUCUAAAGCAUUUUGAAAUCUUCAAUUAUUUUCACCUUUUAAUCACCAAGCAUUUGAAUCAGUUUCUCCAUAAACUCCCACUAGCUGGUUUUGACCUCAUCUCCAAUUCCAUAAACCCACCUCUCCUGGCUUUUAGCAACAUUUCCCAGAGAUUGUUUGGUGUUUUUUGAAUAUUUUCCUUUAUGUGCCCUUCAAGUUGGGCCAGAUCUGCACAACAAGGUCACAAAACCCACCCCGGGAUCGAUACCAAAUCAAUCGUCUCACAACCUUUCAUUAAAGCUGUUGAGCUGAUUUGAGAUGCACUUGGGGCAGCUCCAUCCCUGAUGGUGACCAGGGGCUGUGCUGGCAGACAGCAGCUCCAUGAGAGCUCCCAACCACCGCACAACUCCCUUUCCCCAGCAAUUUAAAGGUUUAUUUCUUUAAAAAAAAAAAAUCACAACAAAGUACAGAAUGGUGGGAGGGAAUGGUCCCCAUUUGCAGCAGCGAUUGCUGCGGCAGAGCGAGGGCAGCGAGUCCCAGCCAUGGGUACCUGCUCUCCUGGACCUCAGGAGCACGAAGGUGACCCAACAAAUGUCAGAUAAAUAUUCAGUUCACAACCCCAAGCUUAUCUCCGCAAGCUGGAGAGCCCCCAACUCAUUCUUGGUUUUUGAAGAAAAUCACAGUGCUAUACUCUAAGUCCCAUGGGAAUUAAACCAAUAUUCAAGGGACGUGUGAAAUAUGGUGUAAGAUCAUGGGAGAAGGGGGAGACGGCGACAUGUGCCCCAGCCCAGGGCACUGACCCCAACUCUGCAGCUCUGCUGGGGAGCAGCUGCCUCCUGCACCCAGGGCAGUUGGUGAGGGGACGAAGCACGAAAAGCAAAAGGUGGGAGACAGGGAAUAUCAUCCCUUUCCACAAGAAACAGAGUGAUUUCACAUGCCUAUAUUCAUGUAGAAACUCGUGGUCCAGUCCUGUUCCCCCAGAGACACCAGCAGCCAGCCCAGGUCCUCCAGCAAGAGGGGGACGUGUAAAUCCCCUGCUAUAUUAAUCCUCUGGGAACCCUCGGCCAUUUACCAGCUGGGCUGAUGACUACGGGUUUCAGCUGAGAUGCCGGCCAGUUCUGAUGGGUAUUUUGAAAACCACUAUGUUUCCCUCACCAAAUCACAUCCCAUUUUGAAGGGCUGCAGGGGGGGAUGUUUCAUCUGCCUUCAUGAAGCAAAAAAAAGGGCCAUUACACCAAACUGGAGGAACGCGUCCCUGCGCCAUCCCACGCUCAGCAGCCUUCAGGAACAGUGAUGCAUUUAAGCAGAAUACCAAGCAAAUUGUAUCGGCGGGUUGGAGUGUUACAAGGAAUAAAAGCCGGCAAGCAACAGCCUGUGCCAGGCGCUGACUGAGGGGAGGGGGAAAGGAAAGGAGAAAGAGAAGCCCAUGGCUGCUGGUGGCUUCGGGCAUCUCCCCGUCCCAGCAGGUUCUGACCCAAAACCCCGCCAGCAGCAUCCCGGGGGUCACAGCUUCACCUCGGUG